ACUGUUAUAUCUACGAGGGCGUUGCCGAACCGUUUAUUUUACUGAUAAUUCAUUGAUUUUAAUAGAUAAACCCUUCCAAAUACCGCGAUAAUGUACAAGAUAAGGAAUAAGGCUCUACAGAUAAAAAAUGUAGUUCAUUGUUACAAUUCAUACCGUUGAUACAGUGUAGUAUUGUUAACACAAUAAAUUACAUGAAAUUUAUAGUAAAUAAAUGAGUGUAGUAUUUCUUAAACAACAGAAACAUUCUUUUAAUAUUGAUAAUCAUAUUUUAAGUCAUGAGAAUGGUGAAAUUUAUUACAAUAAUGUCGUAAGAAAGACAAACACCAUAUGAGUGUAAGCCUAUGAUUCAUUAGUAUUAAUCGCUUCAGUAAGAAACUGGGAAGUCUAUUGUGAUGUGAAAAUGUUGAGGAACAGUUUUUUAACAGUUUUACUGUGCGCAAGUGUUCAAAGUCAGUCAAAUAAAGACCUUUAUAAUGGUGAGAUAAACAACGAAUUUUACAACUCUGGAGAACAGGUAUCCCGCGUGACUGAUAUUCCUAGCCCGGGGGAUAGUGGUUAUAGGACAUAUGUGUACAAUAAUAGGAGAUACGGGGUGAAUCCGACGCGGUACAACCCUUACAACCCUAAUAUAAAUCAGCCAGGAGGCUUUCCUUACAAUCCAUUAGAAACAAACCCUUUGGAUGAACAGUUUAAGUAUAAUAUUAAUCGAGAUCCAAACAAUCCCGACGCACUAUUCCCAGGAGUGUUGGGAGGAUGGAGAGAGGACCUCCAGGGUAGAGAGCGGAGGGACUCACGGUUGUUGAACAAAAAUAUAUUUGUUACUACAAAUUUUGGUCAAGUGCAGGGAUUUAAAGUAUAUUUAUAUGAUAAUCCUGACCCAGAUUCUGGUUAUCGACCAUGGUUAUCAGCAGUGGAGAGGAUACAGGGCGAAGUAUCAGUAUUUCUUGGGAUACCUUAUGCACGGCCUCCUGUGUUAGAAGGAAGAUUCAAGCCCCCACGGCAGCACCCCGGUUGGCAGUUAAUACAAGCGGUGGACUAUGGCCCGGCAUGUCCCCAGCCCGUGCGCUAUACAGGGGCCACAAAGGGCGUCCGGGACAUGGAUGAGGAUUGUCUAUACUUGAACAUAUUCUCGCCCAAUGCGGAGGCCGGCUCCACCGCCCAGAAGUACCCCGUGAUGGUCUACAUCCACGGCGGUCAAUUCAUGUCCGGGGCCUCGAACCUGUUCCCGGGGCACAUGCUCGCAGCCUUCUACAAUGUGGUGGUGGUCUCAAUAAACUACAGGCUCGGAGCCCUAGGUUUUCUGUCAACGGGUGAUGAGAAUUCGCCAGGAAACUAUGGGCUCCUCGACCAAGCUAUGGCCCUCCGAUGGGUGUACGAUAAUAUCGCCCCGUUCAAUGGCGAUCCGUCUUCGAUUACACUCUUCGGUGCUGGAGCUGGUGCAGCAUCAGCGGGGCUGCUGGCUGUCGCGCCGAAAACCAGGGAUAUUGUGACUAGGGUUAUUGCUCAAAGUGGCUCGGCGAUGGCUGACUGGGCGUUAAUAGAGGACAAAUUUCGUGUACAAAACACUUCACUAGUCUUCGGACGGUUACUCGGCUGCCCUAUAGACUCCUCGUGGAAACUGGUCAACUGCCUCCGUCAGAGUAGGAGCUUUUAUGACCUCGGCAAUGCAGAGUUUCAGCCACAAGUCGGCUUCAUACCAUGGGGUCCGGUGCUCGAGAACAAUUUCACAUUCCCGGGCGAUGAGUGGUACGAGGGAUGGAGGGAACGAGACUGGCACUUCCUCGAUUUAACUGCGGAAGAUCUCAUCCAGCGGAGACAGUUCAACCCCGCUUUGCAGUAUAUGACGGGGGUGACCACUCAAGAGGCUGCCUAUUAUAUUUAUAACAAUCAAUCUUUAGCACCUAGAUACGAAAUCAACGAAGGCUGGUUCAACCAGAAAGUAGCCGAAUUAGUACUCCGGUACAACUACACGUUGAACCCGCGCGGCGUUUACGAAGCCAUCCGGUAUAUGUACACGUACCAUCCAGAGCCACACAAUAUCAGCGCCAUCAGGGACCAGUACAUACAUUUACUCUCCGACUUCCUGUACCGAGCACCCACCGACAAAAUGGUGAAGUCACUACUAGAACAGAACGUGCCCGUCUACAUGUACGUACUGAACACGACGGUGGAGGCGUACAAGUGGCCGGAGUGGCGGCUGUACGCGCACGAUAACGAACGGUACUUCCUCACGGGCGCCCCCUUCAUGGACCAGGAGUUCUUCCCCGUGAAGCAGAGAAUCGACAGACAACAGUGGCUGCCCAACGACCGGAACAUGAGCCAUUUCUUUAUGAAGGCGUAUUCUGACUUCGCAAGGUUUGGUAACCCGUCAAGAUCACGCAUCCUCGGGGUCCAUUUCGAAAUGGCGAAAGCGGGACAACUUCGGUAUUUGAACCUAAAUACGACCUACAACUCGACGAUACAACUCAACUACCGGCAGACGGAGCUCGCGUUCUGGACCAUGUACCUGCCAACUGUGAUCGGACGUCUAGUGCCCACUUACCCACCUAUAACUGAGUACUGGUGGGAGCCGAAGCAGCCGCUGCAAAUAGCAUUCUGGACGGUGAGCAGCGCCUGCCUGGUCCUCAUAGUACUGCUGGUGGUCUGCUGCAUGCUGUGGAGGAAUGCCAAGAGAGAAACAGAUAGAUACUACAACGAUGAUAUCUACACGUUACGGGGCGGCGACGACACGGGCAUAGAGAAUACAAUGCCGUCCAGAGACAACAUCUACGAGUAUAGAGACCUGCCCAUCAAGCGGCCGAUUACACCACAGACAAUCAGUAAAGCGGCGAGCCAGCCGUCUAUUCUGCAACCAAGACCGACAUCGCGAGCGUCCACAGAUUCUGCACUGUCUUUGAAGGAGUCCACAGUGUCUCGAGCACCAGAGCCUCUGCCACGCGCCCGCAGUCGCACGCAAAUCGUGCGGGGCGUGCCACAGACUACCGUUUAAAUCUAUAUUUUUAACCUGUUGUCUUC